UCUGAGCUAGGGGCUGGAGGCCCAAUGUCUGCGAGUCAGAGUCCGAGGAUAAGAGCUGCAGUCAGAGGCCUGGAGGAAACUUGCCUUGCAGUUGGAGGCCUGUCUGUUUGUUGAGUGAUAGCUGCUUCAGAAACCUUGCAGAAGAUAGAAGUGGGAUAAACCUGAAAGACUUGGUCCAAGAUCCUUCAUUAAAGCCAGUUGGAUCAGACAGACCUAAAAACCACCUAAAUAUUGCAGUCUGAAGCCUGAGCUCUGCAAGGUCAAUAACUACAACCAGCUUCUAAAAUCUUGUUUGAGCUACAGCAUAAUUGACCCUCCUGUGCUGAACCCUCUGGAAGAGAACCUCCCUUAGGAGCAUGAGUAGGUUGGGAGGAACAGUAUCUGCAUACAAGAUAGUACCUGAUGAGGUUGAUGAAAUCAAGGAAACACUCAUAGAAUGGUGUGAUGAUAAGGAAUUGAAUCUUAUUUUAACCACUGGGGGAACUGGGUUUGCCCCAAGAGAUGUAACUCCAGAGGCCACAAAAGAAGUGAUCGAAAGAGAGGCUCCUGGAAUGGCGUUAGCUAUGCUGAUGGGUUCUUUGAAUGUGACUCCUCUGGGGAUGCUGUCUCGACCUGUAUGUGGAAUAAGGGGCAAAACUCUGAUUAUUAAUCUACCUGGUAGCAAGAAAGGUUCACAGGAAUGCUUCCAGUUUAUAUUACCUGCCCUACCUCAUGCUAUCGACUUGUUGCGGGAUGCAGUUGUGAAAGUGAAAGAAGUUCAUGAUGAAUUGGAAGACCUUCCAUCACCUCCACCACCAUUGUCUCCUCCUCCUACCACCAGCCCACACAAACAGACAGAAGACAAAGGUGUUCAGUGUGAAGAUGAGGAGGAAGAGAAGAAAGACAGUGGAGUGGCUUCAACUGAAGAGAGCUCGUCCUCACAUAUCACUGCAGCAGCCAUAGCAGCCAAGUUGCCUGUGUUUUCCUGUCAUAGUGCUGAUAGUUGUGUUGUACAUCAGAACUUCCAACUUGUACACAGUCCCGCUCCUGUCAUGGCUAAAGGUGGUAAACCUGUCCCUGGUUUCAUUGGUCAUCACUCUCAUACUGCCAUCAGUGCAGGAGAGCCGCAUUUAUUAUACUUUCAGAUCCCAGAUUCGAUUAUUUCUCGUGGUGUUCAAGUCCUUCCACGAGACAAUGCAUCGCUGAGCACAACUCCAUCCGAAUCACCACGAGCUCAAGCUACAUCACGACUAUCCACAGCUUCUUGCCCCACACCAAAACAACUUCGAAGGGCGGAUGAAGCGAAAGGAGUUGCUAGUAGAGGCGGAUCCCUCAAAGUCCAGUCUCGCUGCAGCAGCAAGGAAAACAUCCUGAGAGCCAGCCACAGCGCAGUUGACAUCAGCAAGGUUGCACGACGACACCGCAUGUCCCCAUUUCCCUUAACGUCGAUGGACAAGGCCUUCAUCACAGUACUGGAGAUGACCCCUGUUCUCGGCACUGAAAUUAUCAACUAUCGAGAUGGUAUGGGUCGAGUUCUAGCACAGGAUGUAUUUGCAAAAGACAACCUGCCACCUUUCCCAGCGUCAGUGAAGGAUGGCUAUGCUGUAAGAGCUGCUGAUGGCCCUGGUGAUAGAUUCAUUAUUGGUGAAUCACAGGCAGGUGACCAGCCCACUCAGACAGUGAUGCCUGGCCAGGUGAUGCGCGUAACAACAGGGGCUCCAAUACCCUGUGGUGCAGAUGCAGUUGUACAGGUUGAAGAUACUGAGCUCAUCAGGGAAUCAGAUGAUGGCACAGAAGAGCUAGAGGUGCGAAUUCUGACACAGGCUCGUCCAGGCCAGGACAUCAGACCAAUUGGUCAUGAUAUCAAAAGAGGAGAAUGCGUUCUGGCAAAAGGAACUCACAUGGGGCCUUCUGAAAUUGGCCUUCUAGCAACUGUUGGGGUUACUGAAGUUGAAGUUCACAAGUUUCCAGUGGUUGCAGUGAUGUCCACAGGAAAUGAGCUGCUGAACCCUGAAGAUGAACUAACACCUGGAAAAAUUCGGGACAGCAAUCGUUCAACUCUGCUGGCAACAAUUCAGGAGCAUGGAUACCCAACCAUCAACCUGGGAAUAGUGGGAGAUAACCCUGAUGACCUGCUGAAUGCACUCAAUGAAGGCAUAAGUCGUGCUGAUAUCAUCAUUACAUCAGGAGGUGUAUCCAUGGGUGAAAAGGAUUACUUAAAGCAAGUGUUGGAUAUUGACCUGCAUGCCCAGAUACAUUUUGGAAGAGUUUUCAUGAAACCUGGCCUCCCAACAACUUUUGCAACUCUGGAUAUCGAUGGUAUCAGAAAAAUCAUCUUUGCACUGCCAGCGGGUGCGGUAGAGGCUGAUGGUGACAUAGGAUCUGAAGGAAAUCCAGUGUCAGCAGUUGUCACCUGCAAUCUCUUUGUUAUCCCUGCAUUGAGGAAAAUGCAAGGAAUCCUUGAUCCUCGACCCACCAUCAUCAAAGCCAGGUUGUCCUGUGAUGUGAAGCUGGAUCCACGGCCUGAAUACCACCGCUGUAUUCUGACUUGGCACCACCAGGAACCAUUGCCAUGGGCACAGAGUACAGGGAAUCAGAUGAGUAGCCGUCUGAUGAGUAUGCGAAGUGCCAAUGGACUGUUGAUGCUACCUCCAAAGACAGAGCAGUAUGUGGAGCUCCAUAAGGGUGAAGUGGUAGAUGUCAUGGUGAUUGGAAGACUAUGAUGUCAGACAAGAGGAGGGUUGGUGCAUGUCUACAUAUCAUUGACUGUAUCCCGUAAUGGAAUGGCACCAUUAGUUUUUAAUGAUUUGGAUAAAAUUGACCAAUGUUGUUGAUUUUGAAGUAAUUUCAAAAAGGAAUCAGAUAAAUUAAAUGAAACACGAGAGAGAAAGAAAUCCAUUGAAUCCAUUCUGUAUCAUACCCAGGGCAAAGUUUCUCUUUCAUUACAGUUGCUUUGUGUGUUUAAUGCCAGGUCUAAUAGCAGUAGCUUUUGAUAGACAGCGGUAGGUGCCUGCUAAACUUGUGUUUUCUCAUCUUCAGAUACAGAUACUUAUGCUACUAGCAAGGCUGUCUGCUUACUUUAUACCAGCUUAGAUAAACACAGCUAUUAUCCUUAUUAGUACGCAACAUAAUUGCUUCACAAAGAGCUUUGCUUGUUCUUUAUCUUGUAUCUUGUGUUCAUGUGCUCAGUGCCAAAAGCAGAGUGGCUGAAGUGGACUGGAUUGGUGUAUUACCCUCCCAGUGCCAUUGACAGGGAAAUUUCCCAGAAGCCACCUGUCUCAGCUGACCACCUAGUUGGACAGGAAUUGGAAAACUUUCAUUUGAACAAAGAAAUUGCUUCCUUAAGUGCUGACAGCCUUUUUACCAAUUUAAAAAAAAGUGUACAGUAAUACAAAGAUUGAUAUUGUACAGAUAAUAGUGUACCAGCAAAUCAUGUGGUAAUUCCUAGCAAUGAAAGACAUUUAACAACACUGUACCAUAACAUUUUCUGUAAUGAUAUUAAAUAUUAAUAAAAAUCCUUGAUCAUUGUUAAAAUUUAUCUGAGAAGAUACUCAAUGUUUUUAAAAGAAACUUAUUUCUUGCUGUGUUUGUGCCGUAGUUACAUUGUCACGGUGCAAUUUGGAAAAUAGCUUUGAAAUUUUACACUCAAUAAAUCUGUUGUUUUUUUAUUGUC